UCACCAGAAUGGUCGCGCCCGUGUCCCGACCGGCCAGGCCGUCGUGACAACUUCGCCUGCACCCCCCCAAAAUCGAGGGCCCCCCUCUCGCUACCGGGGCCCCCCACCAGGCGCAAUGAUGGAGGACAAGAGCACGUCCCCGGCACUGGGGGCGCCUCCUCCUCCUCCUCCCCGGGGGGGCCAGGCGCCCGCGGGCGGCGUGGAAUCGGAGCUUGCCUCGGCAGGGCGCAUCGAUCUCAAGGGCUGUUCGCGUUUCGUCAACUCGCUCAACGCCCAGAACAGCCUCAACCUACAGGACCAGGUCAACUCGGACCUCGAGGUCGCCUCCGUCCUCCUCAAAGCGGAGAGCGGUGUUCCCGUGUCCCCGUUGGGGGAGCCGGGUCCCCCGACGCGUCUGAACUACACGCCGUCGGCUGCCAAGCACUUCUCGCCCGUCAAGCAGUCCACGGCGCUCACCAACAAGCAGCGAGGAAACGAGGUGUCCAACACGCCGGGCCUGCUCGCCAAACUCUCGCUCCAUCAGCUGGCUGCUCAGGGGGAGCUUCAGAAUCUGACGAUAAGACUGGAUCAAGAUGGCAUGGUGGACGUGAUGGACGAGCGAGGACUCACCCCGCUCAUGUGGGCGGCCGCGCACGGACAGAUCGCCGUGGUUGAGCUCCUGCUCAAGAAGGGUGCGUGUGCGUUUGCGGUGGCGCGCGAGCGGGAGAACGCGCUGUCCCUUGCCUGCACGAGUGGGCAUGCAGACAUCGCACACAUGCUGCUGCUGCGUGGUGCCGACGUGAACGUCUACGACUGGAACGGUGGGACACCCCUUCUGUAUGCCGUGCACGGGAACCACGUGCGCUGUGUGGAGCUUCUACUGAACAGUGGAGCGGACGUGAUGGCGGAGACGGAAGCGGGACUAAACGCACUGGAGCUCGCAGCUGCACUGGGCCACCGCACUGCCCAGACCGCCAUUGAGAAAUACCUGCUGCAGAUGCUGCAAGACCCCUAGGAUCGACACCUGCCGCCCGAACAAAUCGCCACGUCCCCCCCCCCCCCCCCCGUCGUCGCUCUCACUCGUUGAACCGUCGAACGCCGGUGCCAGCGGUGUGAGGAUCAUCGACAGAGAGACUGCGCUGGCCGCGUUGCGUGCAAUUUUAUCGUUCACGGCCUACGUGAGCGUUUUGGUGCGGAUGCCUGAACCUGGAUGGUACCGGGUAUGGAGUAGUGGACAGCUGUAAUGCGGCUUUUUUGGAGGCGAGGGUUGGUGGAUGAAGAAUAUUUGUGAAACUCCCGACUCUGCCGGAGCCUAAGUGGUCAAGAGCUGGCAGUACAGCAAGUGGAUUCCUGACUGCAUGUCCGUUCUGAUUGUGUGUCUUGAGUGUUAUCGUUCCGGUAUGCUUGUGUUUUCUCCAGCUACUAAUUCCUAAUAUGUAAGAAUAGUCCUCAUAUAGGAUUUAGCCAAACAUACCAAUGCAGGCCGUUCCUAAAAGAGGAUCCCCACAGACUCUACGGGUGUCUCCUCCAAAAAUUAAGGAUAGUUCUAACACUACCACCACCGUCAAAAGAAAUCUCGUUUUAAGACUUUUCUAAAACUAGUACCGUCACCAGCGCCUCUGUGCGUGAUGCUCCGAAUAGGCUGGACGUCAUCUGACCCAGAGGAUCAUCGUGGGCUCGUGUCGAAGGUGCCGCCGAAGGAUCAUCCUUCAGGUGCCUCCUACAGGUGUCGGGCUCCAUAGGCCUGACAUUCUGGCUUCUUCUCAUGAUGUUGGCUCUUGGUCGAGCGUCGCUCUCCUCGUUAGUACUGCGGGACGAUGCUCCCGCCCGUAAAUUGGCUCAACCACUCGUAACCCGCUCUCCUUCAAUGGGGGAGUAGCAGCAAAACUCCCAUUAGCACGUUUGGCUACGUACGGUGCAAAAGAAGUUCAACACACAGACGAAUGCUCUCCUGAGGCCCUUGUCCCGUGGCAAGCGGACCUCGACGUUGGCUCUUAGCUCCGGAACCACAUUGCCUCCAUACGCCGAGCGUAGAAUAGAACCUGUGAGCGAUGGCUGGGUGCUGCCAGGCCGUACUGAACAUUCAGUUCUUGCGUGCGCAUAGAGAUUUGGAACCCCUGGCACUAGCAACAGGGACCAUUCCCUUAUCCCCGUUUCUGAAGCUUGGGGUGGGAUUGCUUUACGCACCCCGGCGUGCGCCCAGGAAGAGGGUGGUAAUUGAGGUGGGGGGGGCAGUGCGGAAAGAGACACCGUAGAGACCUGCAUGGUCAGAGGUUGGACUCCUGGGUAUCGGGAGGUGUGGUUCUUUGCCAGGAUAAACUGCGUUUUGACACCUCCUUUACUCGGCCAAACCCGGACAUAUUUCUUAGCGCUUUAUCAAAACUGUGUUUUGUUUGUUGUCCUUUCCCCGCACCUCCGAUUGUUACGGUUGGCUACGUACGCUGCGAAAGAAGUUCAACGUACAUGUACAUACACGUACAGCUCAUUGCAAAUAUCGGAAUCGGAUCUCGGUACAAAACGAUUUCUGCCACCUGAAAAAACGUGUGCCAGUUCCUGGGCUGCUCGGGUCAAAGCCAGAUCACAUACGACGGGCAUCUUGCCAUCCAUCUGGGUUUUCCACCCAUGCGGGUUUUACCUGGAUGGGUGGUAACCUGAUAGUCUCCAACGGCAGGCUUGUGAUGAUGCCCUUCUAACUUUUUCUGUGAAGCGAGGGAAGGUAACGAAUGCCCUGCCCCUCUCUCGUAGCACAUCGUGCAUUAUCAGCCGGAGGUUAUAUCUCUCAAUCGUGGCUGGUUGUUGCCGAGGCCUACAAAAUUCCAUCUUGAUGUAAUAAAUCAGUAUAAAUGUGUCGAAACCCUCCAACAAAAACGCCAAUUAGUUACUACUUCAGCCCACUGUUGUGUUGGAGAGUAAAUCCACAAGAUUUACAAUUUGAAUACGACUUUUCGCUGGUAAUUACAUGCAGCAUCAUCGGGCGAUUUGCCAGAAUAGUGAAGCAAUCCACCUGCUUCCGGUCUUAGAUCGAGCAGCAGCAGGAUGCCGUCAUCACCUGAACGCGAUCUCACCCAAAAACAUUUAUUACGAAUUUACAUUUGACUGUUGAUGUGCAUCACCGGCAAUUGCAAUAUCUUAUUUGUAAAUAUGAUUUUUUAUAAAAUAAAAACGAAUAAACAGA